GUUGUCGUAUAGUCAGUGGUGUAGUUAAUUAAGUUAGUAUUCUGUGCAUUCUCUGUGACGAUGGUGUUGGUAUCAGAGUUGUAAAUUGACACCUUCCUCGUGAACAUGGGUCACAAAGCUCUUGGAAUGAAGAAAAACCGUUAUGAAAGAAUUAGAUUAUAAGUAGAAUUAAAGAUGGAAUGACUUUAACAUUUGGCCACUACAACUGAUGCAACAAAGAAGAAUCUUCUGUUGACUUGUAGAUUCCAUACAUGGGUAAUUGCUGCUGUCCAAAAACUGACCCCUCCGUUGGCGAGGUACCUUUCUUGAAAGCGGGGAAUCCUGAAUUGCAGUUGUUGCAGUGGAAAUGCGUUGAUGAGUCAACUAAACAUAAUCAAUUGUUUUUAAAAAUGAUUAAGUAUGGACAAGAUCCCAAAGUCAAUGUUGAAUAUAUAAGUGAUGUGCGUGUAAUUUUCUCCGGAGAAUUUUGCAUCGGCAAAGGAAGUGAUGGAACUCGUGUUUAUCUUGGACUGAGAAAAGAUGGCUGUGGAAAAGCAGUAAAACGAAUACUUCGUGAUAUCUGCAUUGGGCUUACACAACAAGAAAAGAAAAUUUUCAAAAAAAUCAUCGAAAAAAAAUCGAAGGAUGUUGUGAAUUAUUUCUGCUUAGAAGAAGACAUUACAUCAGAAUAUGUUUAUUUAAUACUCGACCUGUGUGAAGAAUCGCUGGAGGAUUUUGUGCAAUCGGAAUCAAAUAGUUUGGCUUGUCUUCAAAAAUCGCUUCCCAAAAUUCUCAGACAAAUUUUAAAAGGUUUAGCUCAUCUUCACAGCGAGCCACAUCCUAUUCUUCAUCGAGAUUUAAAGCCUUCCAAUGUUCUCCGGGAUGCCCAAGGCAAAUUUCUGAUAGCUGACUUUGGUAUUAGUCGAAUACUGAAAAAUGAAUAUAAGACAUUUAAGCACGGCCUUAUUUGGGGAUCUGAUUAUUGGGUUACUCCCGAAUCGUAUUGUCCGGAUGAUGAGUCGAUUAAAAAGUCACAUUACAAAAAAGAGUCUGAUGUAAUGAGUGCAGGAAUGGUGGCUUUUUAUGUUGCAACAAAAGGGAAACAUCCUUUUGGAGAUCGAACGACAAGACUGCAAAACUUGUUGAAUGGAAACCCUGUUGAAUUGAAAAACAUAGUAGAUGUUGAACUUAAAGAUCUUCUUUCGUGGAUGCUACAAUUGAGACCUGAACUCAGACCAUCUGCCAACGAGGCAUUAAAACACCCUUAUCUACAAUCCGAUGAAUGUAAGUUUGACUCGAUGUGUGAUGCGGGAAACCAACCCGAGAUAGAGAUACCAUAUUUAGGUCAUCCUCUCUACUCAGAUGUCCAUGAGCAGUUAAAUGGGUUAAAAAAUUGGAAGGAUCGUAUUGAUCAUGAAGUCUUCAGUGAUUUCAACGUGGGACACUACGAUGCUACAUGGUUAGGUUGCUUGCAAUUUAUACAUAAUGUUCACCAGCAUUGGAAUGAUGUACCUCGUCUAAAACGGCUUCAAAGUGAUGGUAAUUAUAAAAAGUAUUUCUUACAAGUUUUUCAAGAGCUUCCUCUGUUGGUGAACAGAAUUAUAAGAUUAAAUGAAUGGAAGUCAAAACCAGAUCUCGAAGAACACUUUUCAAAAUUGCAACUGCAUGAAUGGAAAUACAAUGAUAAAUCGACAAAACAUAAAGAAUUGUUCUUAAAAUUAAUUGAGUAUGGGAAAGACCCUAAUUUUGAGGUUAAAUAUGUGGACGAUGUACGUGUAAUUUUCUCAGAACAGUUUUUACUUGGCAAAGGAAGUGAUGGAACCCGUGUUUAUCUUGGACUGGGAAAGGAUGGUUACGGUAAAGCAGUGAAACGAAUUCUUCGUGAUAAUACUUAUUUGGCACAACAUGAAGAAAAAAUUUUUAAUGAAAUCAAUGAUAAGAAGUCGGAUUAUGUGCUAAAGUUUUAUUGCUCGAGACAAGAUACAGGAACAGAAUAUGUCCAUUUGAUUCUCGAUCUAUGUGAAGAAUCGUUGGAGGAUUUUGUGCUAUCCGAAUCAAAUAGUUUAGAUUAUCUUCAAAAAUCCCUUCCCGACAUUUUGAAGCAAAUAUUGAACGGCUUAGUUGAUCUUCACAGCGAUCCACGUCCCAUUCUUCAUCGAGAUUUGAAACCUUCCAAUGUUCUCCGAGACACAAGAGGCAAAUUUUUGAUAUCCGAUUUUGGUAUUAGUCGAAUUAUGAAGAAUGACUCUCAGACAUAUGUAAGCAAAGCUAAUAGGGGAACUCAGCAUUGGAUUUCCCCUGAAUCUUUUAUUGUUGAUAAAAAUUCAUUUUAUAAAGGACGUUACAAAACAGAGUCUGAUAUAAUGAAUGCAGGAAUGGUGGCUUACUUUGUUGCAACAAAAGGAAAACAUCCUUUUGGUACUAAAGAGUUCAUAAUUAAAAAUUUAUUGAAUGGAAAACCUGUUGGCUUGAAGAAAAUCAGUAAUGUGGAACUAAAUGAUCUUCUUUCAUGGAUGCUACAACAUAAACCCGAACUCAGGCCAUCUGCAAAGGAGGCGUUAAAACACCCUUAUCUACUAUCUGAUGAAGAAAAGUUUGACUUGCUGUGUGAAGUUGGGAAUCAACCGGAGAUAAAGAUACCGAUACAUUUAGAUCAUCCUCUCAGCUCAGAUGUCCGUGAGCAGUUAAAUAGGUUAGAAAAUUGGAAAGAUCGUAUUGAUCCUGAAGUCUUCAGUGAUUUCAAUGUGGGAGACUACGAUGCUACAUGGUUAGGUUGCUUGAAAUUUAUACAAAAUGUUUACCAGCAAUGGAAGGACGAGCAUCGUACAAAACCGUCACCAUAUAUGAAGGAAGGCAUCUAUAAAGAGUAUUUUGUACAGAUUCCUCUUCUGGUGCACAAAAUCAUGAGGUUAAACGAAUGGAUCUCAAGACCUGAUAUGGAAAAACGUGUUCCUUAUUUCGAUGGAGCCCCCGCAAUUAUUGUCAUGGGAGGAGUCUAUAGCAAACAUAUUAGAGAACAUAUCAGUUAUGAAUACCUUGAAAAACUGAAAGAAUCAGCCAGAGAGGGAUAUGCAGUCUUAACGAAUGGUGGCACUGCUGUUGAUGCUGUUGAAAAGGCAGUUAGUAUUUUAGAGAGCAGUGACUUAUUCAUGAUAGGUCGUGGAUCUCCAUUGAACAGUGAAGGAGAAGUUGAAUGUGAAGCAAUGAUUAUGGAUGGAGACACUUUAAGAACAGGUGCUGUAAUUUCUGGUCGAAAUUUCAAAAAUCCAGUUUGUCUUGCUCGAAAAAUAAUGGAAAAAACACCACAUAGUGCUCUUAGUGGUGAUGGUGCUCUGAAAUUUGCUCAGGAUAAUGGAUUGGAUUGGUGCGAACCGAAUGAAUUGUUAAAUGGACAGAGAUAUCUUCCAAAUAAAUAUUUCAAUGAUUAUGCACAAUAUUUUAUGGAGGGAGGACCUUUUCCUGCUGAUGUGCCUGAAAUUAGACCUGACGAAACUGACACUUGCGAUUGUGCAUGUGCUGUUGCGAUUGAUAGAGAUGGCAAGCUGGCAUGUGCAACGUCAACAGGAGGUAUGGCCGGCAAACUUAAAGGUUGUGUUAGUUACACUGCAUUAGUUGGUUGUGGUGGAUAUGCUAAUGAUAAAGGAGCAGCUGCAGCAACUGGUCCUGGAGAGAAAUUGAUAAAAUUGAACUUUACAAGACAAGUUGUAAUUGACAUGGAAGCAGGAAGUGCCCAAGAAACUGUACAGGAUGCUGUUGAUUUGCUUAAAAUUGGCAAACUUGACGGACGCGCAGGAGGAAUUGCCAUUGACAGACAUGGAAAUAUUGGAAAGGCAUUUAAAAAUGACCUCAUGCCUUGGGUUAGCAUCAAAAAUGAUGAAAUGAAGUUUGGGUUGGAAAGGGAUGAUGAAGGAAACUAUCCUAUUGAAUUGAUUGAAAGCAAUGGCAUUGUAUAGUUUAUGAUUUAUACAUGAAUUAAUAUUCAUUCACAAUCAUGCACUGUUGAACUUUAGCAUUUGAAACUAAAUAUUCGCAAUUCACACAAACAAAUAAACAAUAAAACAAUCAUAAUCAUUUAUACACGUACAUAAUUAUCGUACGUAAGUACAGUACUCUGCUGUAUUGGUUAGUCAUAUCAUAUUUUCCUUCAUUGUUGAACUAUAAUAUUUGAAACAAUGCAUUUUUAAUUAUUCACAUGAUACAAGAAAAUCACUGUUGAUUAAAUUUCUUCACUUCAAA